AUGAAAACGUUAAUUUUAUUUUUAAAAAUUACUACACUCCUUUUAAUUUGGAUGUAUCAAUGUUUUUAUAACUGUGAUUCCUAUAAAACUUUAAUUGAUAAAAAUAGAUUGCAAAUAAGAAAUGAGUUAAAAUAUGAAAGAGUAUUAACAGAGGGUGACAUUGCAGGAGGAAACCAAACUUACGUUGAAGGAUGCCAAGAAGAAUGUCCAGUAGAAAAAAAAAAAAAAGAAAAAAAAAGAAAAAAUUGGUUUUUUCCGCUAUUACACCACAAUGCGUACGAUCAAUGGCAGAGAGGCAUUACUGAAGGAUUGUUUGAGCAAUUUAAAAAUGUAACAAGUGAAAUGGAUCCUAAAUGGAGAGACCAAAAAUGGAAUAAUGAAUGGAAUGAAAUUUCAGCGAACAAAUUUAAUGAAGCAUCUUCAAUAUUUCAUCGAAGUGAUAUUUCAAAAGAUGAAAAAAAAAAAUUAAUUCUUGGUGUUAAAAAUGAACUCUUCAUACUAUUUGUGAAAUUUUUAGAAGAAUGUAAGAAAGAGAUGAAAAAAAAUAAAACAGAAUCCGAAUCUAAAAAAGAGAUGAUAGACAAUAAAACAGACUCCGAAUCUAAAAAAGAGAUGAGAGACAAUAAAACAGACUCCGAAUCUAUGAAAGAGAUAACAUACAAUAAAACUGAAUCUGAAUCUAUGAAAGAGACGAUAAACAAUAAAACAGACUCCGAAUCUAAAAAAGAGAUUAUAGACCAUAAAACAGACUCCGAAUCUAUGAAAGAGAUGAUAGACAAUAGAACAGACUCCGAAUCUAAAAAAGAGAUGAUAUACAAUAAAACUGAAUCUGAAUCUAUGAAAGAGAUGAUAAACAAUAAAACAGACUCCGAAUCUAAAAAAGAGAUUAUAGACCAUAAAACAGACUCCGAAUCUAUGAAAGAGAUGAUAGACAAUAGAACAGAAUCCGAAUUUAAGAAUGAGAUGAGAGACAAUAUAUCAGAAUCCGAAUCUAUGAAAGAGAUGAGAGAAAAUAGAACAGAAUCCGAAACUAUGAAUGAAAUGAGAGGCAAUAAAAGAGAAUCCGAAUCUAUGAAAGAGCAGGGAAAAAAUAAAAUAAAAAAUGAGAAAUCAAAUAUUUGGAAAUUUCUUUUUAAUAGGUUUGAUAACCUUUGGGAGAAUGAAAAUUAA